GCUGCCUGCCUUCGAGUUCAUCCCACAAUUCGUUGACAAAGAUCUUCAAACACUUAUACCUGCAACUACGAAACGGCUGUUCUCGUCUUUAAAGUCUAUCCUAUCCACUCUCCAAAAUGAAGUUCACUCUUGCUCUUGCUACCUUUGUUGCCGCCGUCUACGGCCAGACCGUUGCUGACAUCCCCGCAUGCGCUGUUCCUUGCAUCGAAAGCGCAAUUGCGAGUCAGACUACCUGCUCAGACACUGACUUGGCAUGCGUUUGCGAAAGCGCAAAUUUUGAUGCCAUCGAGGCGGCUUCUACUUCAUGUGUAAUUGCUGCUUGUGGUGCCGAUGUUGCUAUCAACCAGGUUCUCCCUGCCGUUCAGGCUCUCUGCGCCGCACAGUAAAACGUUUACUGGCGAGUAUCAAAAGCGAAGGUGAAAGGCUGAAUGUCCAGUAUAUGUAUAUAACAGAAUUAAAAGGCUGGAUAAUAUAUACAAUUGGCCAAUUUCGGUUAUAUCAUGGUUCCAAAAGACUAUAUUCCG